AUGAAAACUGCACCUUGGCACGACUACAUCCUCGAGAAAAUCAAUGCUGCUGAAAGUUUGAUCAAGCCUAUGUCAGCUAUUGCUGGAGCUCAUGAACGAUCUGCCUCAUUGAGAGAUGCUGAGGACAAGCUUCAAGAGAUCCAAAGAAAGGACUUCCGACAGUUUAAACUUGAGGUACGACUCGUCAAAGAUACAAACGAAAGACGCAAUUUCGAGAAAGAAUUGUGCCAUGUACAAAUAAAGCACCAGGCAGUCAAGGGAUACUUGGCAUCAGCGAAGGCUGGAGAGAGUCGCCAGCAACUUUCGAUUGGAAAUAAAGGGGACCAAGUUCUGGCACAAGCUUCAUUGAUACAGGAUGAAACGUAG